AUGCGAGUAGUGGUGAAACCGCUAAACUGCACGGUACCGUAUUUCAAAGAUAUGCUGUCGUACGUGGAUGACGUACCGACAUGGGAGCCGCUUCUCUUGGUGAACGACUAUGCCCGUAUCACUUCAUCGAUGUUGGAGAACUACAACCGCCUUCCUGCAUGUGAACGAGUCGAAAAUCAAAUGCAAAUGACCACCAGUCGUGACUACACCCGUAGUCCCGAUUACUCGUUUCGUGUGGAAACAUCUUUUAGCGAUCUACAGUACGAGAAGUACUCCGAAAUUCGUUUGACGACUUCAGCCGGUUUCAUCUCCGAGCUUGGUGGCCAGAGUGGUCUUGAUGAGCUUCGUGCAGUUGAUCCUUUCAAUUCUGAGUCUUUUUGUUAUUUGUUCCCGGUAGAAGUCUAUGUACGGUAUUUUUCUCUAGCUCUUAGUAUCAAUUUGAAUGCGGCAGAGAAUACCGUAGGCAGCACAUCUGUUCAGGAGAAGUCC